GGGCUGUUGGGAGCCCGCGGAGGUCUGAAGAGAGGAGACUGUCAAUCUGGGCUGCGGCGCCCAGUUGCCGCGCUCGGGCCUGGAGAACCGUGAGUGUGCGGCGGCGGGGAGGAGCACCGCCUGGCUGCUCGGCCCACUCCACGCCCAGGUCUGCAGGGCUCCGUGGUCCGCAUCCAUCGUUAGUGCGGAACUCUGACCUCUCCGAGAGAGACAGAGAGAGAGAGGGGGGAGCCAGGCUUCUGGCAAUAGUGAAAAAUGACCACACCAAACAAGACACCACCUGGUGCUGACCCUAAACAGUUGGAAAGGACUGGGACAGUACGUGAAAUAGGUUCACAGGCUGUUUGGUCACUCUCAUCCUGUAAGCCAGGAUUUGGAGUGGAUCAGUUACGAGAUGAUAAUCUGGAAACUUAUUGGCAAUCAGAUGGUUCACAGCCUCAUUUGGUGAAUAUCCAAUUUAGAAGAAAAACAACAGUGAAGACGUUAUGUAUUUAUGCAGACUACAAAUCAGAUGAAAGCUAUACUCCAAGCAAGAUCUCCGUCAGAGUAGGAAAUAAUUUUCACAAUCUUCAAGAAAUCAGACAACUUGAAUUAGUAGAACCUAGUGGUUGGAUUCACGUUCCUUUAACUGAUUCCCACAAGAAGCCAAUUCGCACAUUCAUGAUACAGAUUGCCGUUCUAGCCAAUCACCAGAAUGGAAGAGACACUCACAUGCGACAAAUUAAAGUAUAUACUCCUGUGGAAGAGAGCUCCAUUGGUAAAUUUCCUAGAUGUACAACUAUUGAUUUCAUGAUGUAUCGUUCAAUUAGGUAAAUCUUUUUAAAAAUUAAAUAGGAAGCUAAUAAUG